AUGGCGCCGCCGCCGCCGAUCCGAAUAAACUGGGAUCUGAGGACCAACCUGACGCUACGAUCACCGUCGUCGUCGUCGUCGUCGUCGUCGUCCCAUCCUGUUCAAAACCCGCGGGUCGAACUCCGAGCCGGGCCUGAGCCCGAUCCCGGUGGAUUGCUAGUGGACCGGAUCCAAGAGUGGGUAGUGUUAUUAAGGAAAAAAAANCUCCGCCUCCUCGCCUCCCGCGGCCACCGCCCCUCCCCCGCCGCCGCCGCCUCCCUCCUCCGCUCCGUCUCCGCCUCCCUCGGCUCCGACGCCGCCCUCCGAAUCUACCGCGAGAUCUACUCCCGCGGCCUCGGCUGCGUCGGCGCUAGGGCCUCCCCCAACGUCCGCACCUUCAACGCCCUCCUCCUCUCCCUCUACCGCGAGAACAAGCCGGAGAGAUCCGUCCAAGUCCGGAACGAGAUGGACGCCGUUCGCUGCGCUCCGAACGCGUACACCUACAGCAUCCUGAUGGCCGGGCUCUGUGACCGCGGAUCGCUCGACGAGGCUCGGCAGUUGUGGGAGGAGAUGGCGGCGAAGGGGAUCAGAGCCGAUAUCGUAGCGUUCAACACUCUGAUCGGCGGAUACUGUGGAGCGGGAGAGAUGGGCAAAGCCGAAGAGCUCUUCAGAGAGAUGGUGUUGGACGGGAUCGCGCCCACGGCCACGACCUUCGAUCGCCUGAUCAGAGGCCAUUGUAAGGUCGGAGACGUCGACGCGGCGCUGCUUGUGUAUAGAGAUAUGAAGAGAAAGGGAUUCGGAAUGGAAGUUUCGAGCGCAGACCAACUGCUCGACGAAAUGCGUGAGAGGGGGAUGGUUGCCGAAGCGCUGGAGAUUUUGCGGGAGGAGAUGAGGAGGGAAGGGUUUGCUGCGAGUCGGAAGAGCUACCAAGUUUUGAUUCGGGGGUUCUGCGAGAAGGGGGAGGUGGAGGCGGCGCUGAAGCUUCAGGCGGAGAUGGCCGGAAAGGGGUUCGAGGCCGGUGAGAAGGUGUAUGAUUCGUUUAUUACGGCUUAUGAGAGGGUCGGCAAUAUUCAGAUGGUGGAAAGGUUGAAGGCGGAGAUGGUUGAAAUGGGCGCAAAUGUGAAAGGGGAUUAA